AUGGAUUUCCGACUCAAACUAACCAAAAAGGGAAAGAGUUACGAGUCAGCGAUAGAGGACAAACCAGAUCCAAUGCUGGAGGACGUCAAUAUGGCUCAGAUGUUCGCUCGUCGAAGUCAUAGUGGACGGAAACCUCGUCCAGCCGCUUGGCUUGCAGCGGCUGUUGGAUUAGAUGAGUUAGAGAAAACAUCGAAACAGUUAGAAGAAAUUGGCGAUCAGUUACCUCUACGUGAAGUGGUAUCUUAUGAAGCAGAAAUGGAAAGGGCAUGUGAAGAGGAGGAAGCGGAGAUGCUUCGUGAAAUGAAUAAGAAGAAGGGAAGAGACAGAAUCGGACCACCAUCAGCAAGCUCGUCCCAUCCACGUGCUCCGCCGAAGAAGAAGCCGACUACAGCCAAGCAACGUCUAGCGGCCAAGUUGAAGUUAAUAUAG